AUAUAGGCACCUUGUAAUGUGCUCGACGAUUUCUCAUUAUAAAACACGUCCCGAUAAACAAUUGCACGUACACUCUAUCUGGACAAGUGUAUGAUACCAUAUGCAAGUCGUGAAAUUAUUCAGUUUCACAGAACGGCAGUGAGAAAUGAACACUCAGGCGGAAGACCGAAGGUCAAGCCCGUCGAUAAACAGCCAUAGCAACCAAGUUAAGCACUUAUCAUAUAAAAGUUUUUUAUGCAACGGUAGUGUAUGCUAACUUUUUGUGGUAUAGGGUAGCCUUGUGAGGACAAGUGUUUACAAUUCACCAGUUCGCUACAUGCAGGGACACUUGAUGGAAAGUUCACGAUUGAAAUUGUACAGCACAAAAACAGACUGCAAAGAUUCGGUACAGGAUUUGUUUCAUACUUCUAAGUGAAGGAAAGACGAUAACUUCUUGAACAGUUUCGUAUUCCAGAUUUGAGGUUAGAACUAACACAGCGUUGUACAUAGAAAAUUAUGAAGAACAGAUUACCUUGGAGAUAAAUUUCUUCAGUUUUAUCAUUUAGUGUAUUGCUCUGAAUGUAAUGUCAUUGUUUAGGAUGGCAAUGGCACUGGCUGUGAAGGGCACAGCCAGAAAUUCAGUAAUCAUGAAUCAUAAAUCACUAACUCAAGUUCCAUUUGCUGCCUGCAUUGGUCUUACUUGGUCACCACAAAACAGACCAUAUUCAGCAAAUCAGAUCACAAAAAAUAUUGAACUUAUCAGCGCUCAUAAUGACAUCAAGAUUGACAAAAGCUCGCCUCUGUGCCUCACUUAUCCAAAACCUGGUGAGAAUAACACACCACUGGUUGUGAUGCUUUCUUGGCUAAUGGCAAAGAGGAAGCAUAUCCUGAAAUAUGCCAAUUUUUAUAUGGAUCAAGGUUUUGAUGUACUCAGCGUCAGCAUUACUCCAUGGCAGUUACUAUGGCCAAUGAAAGGCACCCAGGUGGUUGCAGGAGACGUUCUUAAAUUUUUGCACUCAAAUGAGUGUUACCAACAGUGUCUCCUGCAUGGCUUCUCAGUGGGAGGGUAUUUAUGGGCAGAAGUUAUGGUCAAGAUGGCACAUGACCUGGAAAGAUACCAGCCAGUGAUUGAUCGCAUUGUGGGCCAUAUAUGGGACAGUGCAGUAGAUAUAACUGAGAUUCCAGUAGGGUUCCCUCGAGCUGUGUUUCCUAACAACGCCGUCCUUCAGGCUACUGUUGCGAAAUACGUUAGGUAUCACAUGAAGACAUUCUAUGAUGCAGCAACAUCUCACUAUGAAGUGGCAAGCAAAAGGUUUCACUCAACUCUUCUUAGGUCUCCAGCUUUGAUGCUGUUCUCAAAAACAGAUCCAAUAGGCACCGAAGAGUCCAACAAGAAGGCUCACGAGAACUGGGAGAAGUUGGGAUUGAAGACGUACGUGAAGUGCUGGGACCAGUCUCCACAUGUAGGCCAUUUUCGCAAGUACCCAAAGGAAUAUCUAGCUGAAUUGUAUGCCUUCCUAGAUGGGUUAGGACUAGUUACCUAUCCAGAGAAGAUUCAAGCAAAAUUAUAAAUGAGCCAGGCGCUUUAAUGCCGUUCUCUUGCACCAGGACACAACGACCUUGAGGUUACAACAGCAGAUGGGUCAAGACAGAAACGUUUCGGUUUAAGUGAAUAGGGUUAAUUUUCAAACCCACUAAAAUAUCAGAUUCAGCAGUUAUAUAACAAUCAAAUAUGAUGUGAAGAUGAUCAUGAACAGUGAGCAGGUAGGGAUUUGGAAAGACAGAUAUUGACUGUGGUCUUGUAGGUCAUUACCAACAUUACUUUGAAAUCACCGAAUGUCACAACUCAGAAGACCCCCAAUAAAUUCAGGACGAGUUGGUUUUUACCUACUUAAACGUAAUUUGCUUGGAAAUAUUGGGGAAAGCCACAAAGUAACUUCAACAGUUGAUAGCAAGAAUCGAUACACUUGGUUUGUAAGUAUGUAUGUAGUUACAUGGAUUUGUGGGUUUACACUGUAUCUUUCCAGGUAAUCUAUCUCAAGAAGUAUAUAAAUUCUUCUUGCUUACUGUUUUCUCUGAAGCUGUAAUGGAUGUGUAACAAGUUAGGAAAUGUAUGUGUAGUAUAAUAAUUCUGGUACAUUCGCUGUUACUGCCUCUUAGUUUUCAAUUUGUAAAUGCCAACUCGUAAGUAUCAUGAAGAUCAUAUGGUGUGUACUAGCCAUAAAAUAUGUCCCAUUUUUCUCUAGAACUUUUGUUUGAAAUAUUUUUUACUUUGACCAACAUUUCAGUGUGCCAGCCAACGUCAGUAAAUCUAUCCAUGACAAAUUUAAAUAUUAUUCUCCAGUAACAAUUUGUUAGAAUUUCUGGAUAAUUUUAAAAUUGACACAGCAACUGUAAGACAUGCAUUAAUCCAAUGCACUGAAAUUUUCUGUGCAUGCUAAUAAGUACAAUCAGAAAGUUUCAGAAGCUUCACUACAGUGUAACAGUGAAAUAUAUCACAAUUAGUGUUUUUUACUUUUUCUAUUGAACUGUGCAUUUGAAGAAGAAUAAUAAGGGGGGGGGGGAGAAGGAUGUUACCAGAUCAUCUUCAGUCUUAUAUUAGUUUAUUAGUAGAACAUGGAAACUUUUGUGUAAUUUUGGUUUUAAUGUGCACAACUCUUUAAUUUUCAAAAUAAGCAUAAUAUACUCCUCCAAAUAUAAAUAUUUUUGUCUACAAAUAUGUUACUGUAAACAAUCAUUUGUCUGUUAAUCUAAGAUUUUUUCUUUGUUAAUAUUGGAUGGACAUUUUAAUUAAAUAAAGUUUCUAAUGCAACUCAAAAAAUUAUUCAUAAACUUGGAAACAUGGUGAAUAUAAAUAUGCAGUAUUUGCUUACAUUUAUAUAUACACCCUUUUAACAUAAUUUCAGUUGUUUAGCAUGUGUACCUUAGGAACUGACAUUUCCCAGUUUUAUGUGUUAAUCUCUUAGUUAAAUUGUUCCAUGGAAAACAGAACUGGAUCCAAGAUAUUUAAAAAAACAUACAGACGUCCUAUCUGUUGGAUAGGAGCUAAUAAUUUAACCAUGGAGAACAGUCUACUUUAUAAUCCAAAGAAUUGCAGUAUAAUAUUUUGUAAACAGUACAUACAAAUAUUAUUUGCUGUACAGAAAUCAUAAUACUGAAACAUGUAUUCACUUUCAAAUAAAAGCAUUAAUUCCA